CGGAGCAGAGAGUGGUCAGCAUGACGGCGUUCAUGGCGGGCGGCGGAUCGAUGGGGGCUUCUCCGACCAGCUGCACCUGCAGGCCGGCGAGCUUCGUCACCCCACGCAGCCUGUUCAACUGGGGCAGAAGCGCGAACGAAGCCGGCCCGCCACCGCCACCGCCGCCGCCGGAGUUUCGGUACCACAACGUCGCGCCGCCGUUCCCCGCGUCCCUCGUCGCCAACACCCACCUCAGAGGCCGCGAGCUGAGAUGCUGCUACAAGGCCACCGUGGACGGCUUCAGCGCGACGGACUUCCACCGGCGGUGCGACUUCAAGGGCCCCUGCGUGGUCGUCGGCAGCACGACGGCGCGCGCGGCCGGCGCCGGCGGCGGGCUCAGGUUCGGCGGGUUCAGCCCGGAGGGGUACCGCAGCACGGACGACUACUACGACACGCUCGACGCCUUCCUCUUCUACUGGCCGGAGGCCUCCGCGGCGGGGGCGCCGGUGGUGCUGCCGAAGGUGGGCGGGAGCGGGGCGGCGCUGUUCGACUACGCGCGCGGCGGGCCGCAGUUCGGCGCCGACGGGCUGCUCAUCGGCCCGCCGCUGACCGCCGUGAUGGGGGUGUUCACGGGGCCCGACUCCAGCGCCGGCGCCGGCGACCUCCGGAGCGCGCGUUCUCGGCUCGGGCUGUCGUACGCGAGGCGGCCGGACGGCCAGGAGAGCCUGUUCGGCGACGACAGCAGGGCCGAGCUCGACGAGGUGCUCGUCUUCUGUAGCCCGCAGAUCGCAAGCCUGUACUAAUAAUAUUUCUAGUAUAUUAUAUUAUUAUAAGAUGUCCAUAUUUUAUUCAGAUUUAUAUAGAUAUUAAUAUACCUGCACACUUGUAUAAAAUAUAUAAUGGUCUAUUUAAAUAUGUGGAUCGAACCAAAAUAUCUUAUAA